AUGGGGUGUUACAGCUCCAAAGCCCGAUAUGGACCACUGUAUCGCCCCGAAGGCGGCGGUGUCAACGUCCAACAGGAUGAGCCACUACCAAGUGAAAAUAGGGAUAGGGUGGCCGAUAAACGCAACGUCGUAGGCGUCAAUGGUGGCGCUGGUGGUGCAAAAGACAAGAACAACGCCAAGCCGGCCCGUGGCGGCAUUCCGCCGUACCGCCCUGAUGAGACGACGGCCAAGGGCUACCACGAGUAUGUGACGGAGGUGCGCCGUGCUGCGGUGGCGCAGGGCAUUCUGCCCUCUGUGACUGACGACGCUCAACUCGCAGUGAAUACCACACUCAAGAGAAAGGGCUGUUUCUCAUGGAUAAAAGCCGAGAAUGGCAGGGGGUUUCAGCGCGGCGGGAAUCCCGACGCGGUGGCCCACCCCGGUGCCUCGUGCGUCAGUCCGUCAGUGCGGACGCUCACCGUUUAUCAGUGCCAACCGCUAGACGUCGACACGGCUGUCGCGAUGGGCAUGUAUAGCACGGUCUAUCUGGCGCGCCUCUCUGUUUUUACUGGGACCUCUGAAGCGGCAGUGAACGCGACAGUGCCGCGGUAUACGCCGGCACGGAAAGACAAUAGCGGCGGCACUGGCGGGCGCAGUCGCUACACUAUUAAAGUUUCAGGGGAAGUUUCCUCAGUGAAAGGUCUCCACUCCAACACUGUCGAUGCCAGCUCCGCGCAUGGCACCAACACUAUCACCGAACCUGUUUCCGCACCCGCUGCGGCAUCAACGGCUUCUCCGGCGUGCACAGCUGUGUCGCACUACAUUAUAGCAAUGAAAGAGGUUACUCUGGGUACCAGGUUCGCCACACGAGCUGUGCUCCAGCAGAUCUGCCUCGAGGUACGACGGUGGACGCGGCUGUCGACUUACUGCCUGCGCAUCGUUCGCUGCUACCAGCUGGAGUACGUUUUUCCUGAGGGCGCCUCCAUGCCCGUGCUAGAGGCAUCCUACCAUUUCUUUCCCGGACGGGAACACGCUUACGGCAGUGGUGGCGCGGCGACUGACGGGCUUUUCACUUUCAAUAGUUCUGUCACAGGCGCCGCUAGUCAUUCGUUUGAUAAUCGGAAGCGCCUUGCUCGCAGCGACAUGCUCCUCGUUGCUAACUCGGCGAACCAACACUCGAACACCAAAGCGAACCCGCUGCCACUCAUGGCGACCAGUGGCACACCUUACAAACUGCGCCUGUACCUCGAGUACGCCAAACAUGGCACUCUGCGUGGGUUCCAGAUAAAUGAGAUGCAGGAGCGCUUUGGGCAACGGCGGCUGCAUGAGCUAACCGCGCGCGCCUACAUGCGAGAUGUUCUUCUGGCGCUUCUGCAGCUGCACGAGAAGGAUGAGAUGCAGUACGAUCUGUGCGCCAAUGCAGUCUUCCUCCACAAGCCGAUUCAGCGCGUCUACUACACCUACUUUCCUGCCUACAUUUCCGACGUACCGACGGGUGACUUGACGAGAGUGACGCAGUCGGAGCUGAGCAAAUCACUGAUGUCACUGAACCCAUCGCCGCCGGUCGAGGGCGCCGGCCUUAAGCAAAAGACCUUGUGUAAUGAGCCGAUCAACGGCACCGGGCCACCGCCGCCGGGGGACUACCACGGCGGUUCGGGUGAGCAGCGGAGCAGACCAUUUGUGGCUCAGCCCGGCACCAGCGCAGUCGGUGUCGAGACCCGCUUCACCCAGAUGAUCUCCUUCCUGAUGCAGGACGGCAGGCGUCCACCGGUGACCUCCACGACCGGCGCCCCCCCGGCUCGAAACAACAACACCUCAGGCAAGCUAGAUAGGGUGGCCGUAAAGCCCUACGGACAGCGGAACGGCAAAAAAGGUACAGUAGCGAACGGAGGGCGCACUAAUGAGGGUCACAGCCGCGCCCCUUUCUGCUCAACUCCGCCCGAGGUCAGCUUGUUUGGGUCAUCGUCGCGGAUAGUAUCCGCGGGGGGUAGCUUUCGCAGAAACCAGAGGGUCUCCGGUCGUACGCCGAAUGCACGUAGGGGGCGGAGCUACUUUCUUGCCGGCCGCGGCGCCCGCCCGCCGGUGAAGCAACGGAACACCAAUAAUGAGCGUGCCACUGCGUCAUCUGAGGUGGGCGGCGACGACACUCAACACUCCCACUUGCAUGGGACCUACUGCCGCCUCAUGGACGCGUUUGAGUUCAUGUGCCUCGACGAAGAUCAAAACUUGCCCUUUCCUUCCCCGCAUGAUGGAGUCGGCGCCCAGACGGACGCCGAGAUGGUUGUAUCAACGAUGUUACCAGAGGAGCUGCGCGAGGCGUUGCCGAUGCGGGUGUUGCCGCUACAGCACACAAGUCUCGGUGGCAUUGCGAUCUUGUCGCCAGAUUGCUACGUUGUGAAGCCGAUCGAAACGCCGCUGCCCGACUUACGCGGUCGCCUCCCCAUCCUCCUCCCAUCGUCCACCUCGUAUGGUGCUUUCUGUGGGGGCCCGCAGCUGCAGCAAGUGAUGCAUAGGCCACCCAUCUCUGCCGCUCCAGGGUUGUCUGGGAGUUUCUCUACAGGGCAGUCUUUCGCGCCGCAGAUCCUGAGCGCCGGGACGACGGCGUCCAACGCAGCCGGUGCGCUUGGUCGUUACCGUGGCGGCGCACCCCUUGUGAAACUCAACCACUCCUCACUGGUCCGUCGCGCCUUGUGCUUCGCUGACUCUAACAAGCUCGAGGAGGUCCCGGUGCACAAGUAUGUGACUGCCACACACGCAGCACCUGAGGUGCUGCACAGCCGCCUAUUCUCCCCCGCGAGCGACAUCUACGCCUUCGCCAUGACCUUUAUCGAGCUUGUUUCGGACGAAGGUGCCAUUAUGAAAGACUGCCUGCCAACGCAUCUGCCCAAGCCUGUGACGCCUCACGACAAGGAGGCGUAUGACGCUCUCCUGGCGGAAAACCUCGAUAAGUGGUACCAAGACCGAAUCAAGGCGCUGCCUCAGAACAAAACCUCCGUUAGCAGAGAUCAAGGUCAGCAAGAUUCCGUGUCGCCACGCACCGGACCGAUUGUGAUGCACCUUCCGCCUCAUCUCUCCGAUGAGUGCAAGAAAAUCCUCCGGUGGUGCUUGCAACCUGAUCCCACGAAGCGCCCCACCGCUGCGGAGCUGCUGCGGUCUCGCUACUUCAUGCUGGGUGACUGGAUCGCGGCACCGUCGGCGGUGGCGGCCGAGGGGAAGACAACACAGCUGCCCGAAGCGCCAUGGACCACCUCGGUCAGCUUCGACGUAGCAGCGAAGGCGGCCGGCCUUCCGGUGCUGAAUGAGAAGUGA